AUGCAUAACGUUACAAUCGUUCCCACACUGGACACAAACAUAUUUUGCCCUAUUGGAAAUAUUCCCGCGGUCAAUCUUCUCGAAUACCAUGCUCCUAAAUCUGAUGGAGAGAUUACAAACAUACUUCUUCUUGCCUGUGGAGAUCCCAGGAGUAUUUUAUUUUCGUUUUUCUGCGAAGACAAGCCAGGCAAUGAGAAGUUUAAUAUUGUGUGUUGUGAUGAUAUCGACCCAGCUAUUCUAGCUCGCAAUAUUAUUUUGUUCUCUCUCAUCAUCGAUAAUGCUGCAUCGUAUGGAUCACAAUCCGCACACGAUAGAACGAGAAUUGGUGCAAUUUGGAAUCUUUUAUACCACUAUCAGAUUCCCAAAGAGGAUUUGAAGCUCUUACAGGACCAAUCUGAUAAACUUUUGUCCUACUCCAAAUCGCCAGAGACUUGGGCAGAAUCUCCUUAUUCUAGCAUUACUUUUGUUAGCUUGCAAACUCUUGAGGGGGUUCGAAAGAUUUGGGAGAAGUAUGCUAUCCAGAGAAGUGCAGAAGAGCAGCAAGAAUAUGAGGCUCCUAGGCGACACACCCUCUCAGAGAUACGCCAGAAGUUCUCUCAGGGUGAAGGAGCAUGUGUGACUUACUCUGUAGGGGUACACUGGUUUGCAGGCUUCAAUUCAUGUUGGGAUGCACUCAAGGGCUAUUGGGAAAAAGGGGUGGUUGCUAGGAACGAAGGUGAUGUCAAGGCUCUUGGCUUUGGGGGAAAGGGACUUUUGAAUCUCACUUUCAUGGUAUCAGCCAUGUCUGAGGAUUUCGUCGUUCCAUUUACCGGCGAUCCUUUGUCGGCAUAUCACGUUCCACAGGUAUUCGAAAAUCCCUUAAGUGAAAAGCUACGCAUGGAAGCCUUGGCAAAAUCCGCAAAACAAGGCUUCGCGGAAUGA